AUGAUAAAGAGGAUAGUGUUGCUGCUGAUGAUGCUGUGUUUGAGCUUCGUCUGGUCCACGGCUCACACAGAGGGCAUCGAUGCUGGAUACCAUUACUGCUCGUUCAAUGGCACGACUCGCUAUUACUUAUGUCUGGGUAACAAGGUCCAUGAGGUGCCAAGAAGCAUACCGAAAAAUACCACAUUUGUGGAGAUCAAGCUGACUCAAAUCAGUGUGUUUCGACGGGCUGUCUUCACCGAACUACAUGAGCUGAAGAGAAUAGUGGUGUCAGAGAACGGUGCCGUCGAACGAAUUGAAGCCUUUGCCUUUUCUAACCUCACAGAGCUGCAGGAAAUAACUAUUACAAAAUCGAAAAAUCUUGUCAUUCACAAAGAUGCCUUCUGGAGACUCCCAAAGCUACGGUAUCUGACUAUAUCAAACACUGGUCUCAAAAUCCUUCCUGAUUUCUCCAAAAUCAACUCCGCCGCUCCUGAAUUUCUGUUUGAUCUACAAGAUAACAUGCACAUAGAGAGGAUUCCCAGUAAUGCCUUCCUAGGACUGACCAAUGCAACCAUUACCGAACUGAGAUUAACAAAGAACGGGAUACUCGAGAUAGACGGCUAUGCAUUCAAUGGUACCAAAAUUGAAAAACUCUUUCUCAUGGGAAACCAGCAGCUGAGUCGUAUCCACAGUUACGCCUUUAUAGGAGCUGAAGGCCCCAUCGUUCUAGACAUCUCACGUACAUCCAUCCACACUCUGCCAGAGAGCAUGCUGAGGUCCCUCAAGCUCCUGACCGCCAUCUCUGUCUACUCUCUGAGGAGGCUUCCUAGCCUAGAGCUGUUCUCUGAGCUGACACAGGCCAACCUGACCUACCCCAGCCAUUGCUGUGCCUUUAAAAACUUUAAGAAGCACAAGUCUGUAAAAAAUCUAAUGUGUGAUGACCCCGGUGCUCUCCGACUGGAACCUUAUUUUUAUGAAGACUACUGUAAAGACGUAAUAGAGGUCACCUGUUACCCUAAACCAGAUGCCUUCAACCCCUGCGAGGACAUCAUGGGCUUCACCUUCCUACGUGUUCUUAUCUGGUUUAUCAGCGUGCUGGCCAUCGUGGGCAACUGUGCCGUUCUCCUGGUUCUCCUCACAAGCCGCUACAAACUGACCGUUCCCAGAUUUCUAAUGUGCCACUUGGCUGUCGCAGACCUCUGCAUGGGGGUCUACCUGUUGCUCAUCGCUGCCGUGGACAUCCACACGCAGUCCCGUUACUAUAACUAUGGCAUCGACUGGCAGACGGGAGCAGGGUGCCAAGUGGUGGGAUUCUUCACGGUGUUCUCCAGUGAGCUGUCUGUUUACACGCUGACAGCCAUCACACUGGAGCGCUGGCACACCAUCACCUACGCCAUGCAACUGGAACGCCAACUGCACCUGCGCCACGCCUGCGCAAUAAUGGCAGCGGGCUGGCUUUUUGCAUUGCUGACCGCUCUGAUGCCCAUGUUGGGAGUGAGCAGCUACAGGAAGACCAGCAUCUGCCUGCCCAUGGACGUGGAGACGGGUCUCUCCCAAGGUUUCGUGAUUCUGUUGUUGCUGCUCAACGUGGCUGCUUUUCUGGUCGUGUGCGUCUGUUACCUGCGCAUCUACUUUACCGUCCGCAACCCAGCCUUCGUCCCGGCCAACGCAGACAUGCGCAUUGCCAAGCGCAUGGCCGUGCUCAUUUUCACAGACUUUUUGUGCAUGGCGCCCAUCUCAUUUUUCGCCAUUUCUGCUGCCUUAAAACUACCACUCAUCACCGUCUCUCAUGCCAAAGUCUUGCUGGUGCUGUUUUACCCCAUAAACUCCUGCUCCAAUCCGUUUCUCUACGCGUUCUUCACCAAAACGUUCAAGAAGGAUUUCUUCAUUCUCACCAGCAGGUUUGGCUGCUUUAAGACUCGUGCCCACAUUUACCGCACUGAGAUCUCGUCGGGUCAAAACGGAGCCGCGACGCCUUCGCCAAAGACAAGCGAUGGAGCGCUUUAUUCCCUGGUGCACAUCGCUCAAGUGCACUAA